AUGCCUCAAGGGACGACUUCCGGCUUUGAACGACUUAUUCGCUUCGAAGACAACAAUACGCAAGAGCAGUGGGGGAACUUAUCAGAAGAACCCAAGGGGAGUUCUCUAAAGGGAGCUUCUGUUGAGUUGUUGUCCGGUAGCUUGCAACAAGGAUUCACGAAGACAGGCAAGCAAGGUACUGUCGCUAAACUGCUCACACCGGUGCCACCGACAGGCAUCGUCCCAUGCAUUGGGGUCAAUUACCGACAUCACGCAGAAGAAGCAAACCUUCCAAUUCCCACCCGACCUGUCGUCUUCACCAAGCCACCUGAUGCGUUGACGGCAUCGUACGAAGAUGUACACGUGCAUCCCGAAGUUACGAAGCAGCUCGACUACGAGGGCGAGCUCACGGUGGUUAUCGGCAAAGAUGCCAAAAACGUCUCAGCUACUAAUGCUUUGGACCAUGUGCUCGGCUAUACCGUCGGCAACGAUAUCUCAGCUCGCGACUACCAAAUCCCAGCGAGUGUCUGCGGUGGACAGUUCUGCUACGCCAAGUCCUUCGAUCAAUUCGCUCCUGUCGGCCCAUGCAUAGUGUCAUCAAACAUUAUCAAAGACCCGCAACAGUUGACGUACUACACAAAGGUGAACGGAAUGAUACGGCAGCAGACGUCGACGAGCGACAUGGUUUGGAGUGUGGCUGAAAUUAUUGAGCAUCUUAGUCGCGGCACAACGUUACGGGCGGGAACUUUCAUCAUGACCGGGACGCCGUCAGGAGUGGGCUUGUUCAUGAAACCACCGCAAUUCCUUCAGGACGGUGAUGUGGUGGAGAUCGGGAUUGAAAAUAUUGGGGUGUUGCAGAAUCGGAUAGUUUUCGACUAA